GCGCAAACUUACAUUCUAUUCCUGCUUUCGUUGGUUUCGACUUUUGACUUACAAUGAGAUUCGAACCGAGGCUUAAGAAACUCAAUUAUGACCACCAAGUUGCGUGGUCAUAUUCUCUGACCAGUAUAUAGGUAUACUUAGCGACUCUGGCCCUCUGGGCUAACAAGGAACAAAGGUUGUCACCCGAGACGAAUGGGUUGCCGCCCGGAAGGUGCUCCUCGAGAAAGAGAAGGAGAUCACACGGGCCCAGGACGCUCUCGCCGCCUAGGUGCGCGAGCUGCCAAUGGUCCUAGUUGACAAGCAGUAUCAGUUCGGUGGUCCUGGCGGUUCAAUGCUGUCACUCCCAGAUCUCUUUGGCGGUAAAGAUCGGCUCAUCAUCUACCACUUCAUGUUUGAGCCAGAUGCCGAUAGUGGAUGUAGAGGUUGCGCUUUUGUCGGCGAGCACAUCCCCGACCUCAGCUACCUUCGCUCGCGCAACACCGGCUUGGCCGUUGUCUCCCGGACGCCCUUCGCAAAGCUGGACACGUGGAAGAAGAAGCUUGGCUGGACGUUCCCCUGGUACUCCAGCGAAGGAUCGGACUUCAACUGAGACUUUCACGUGACCCUGGACCCUGCCCUCCGCCCUGCGGAAUACAACUUCGCCGCGGCGGCGGAGCUCGAGGCGAAAGGGCUGAAGUACAACACCUCGGGCGAGCAGCCGGGCCUGAACGUCUUCCUGCGCCUGGAUGGCAAGGUGUGUCGCACGUAUUUGGCGUAUUCGCGAGGCCUGGAUUGCCUGCUGGGCACCCUCUAGCUGCUGGAUAUGACGCCCCUCGGCCAUCAGGUUGGGCCCGGCGGGCCGGGUGGGGGGUUCAAACUGAGGUAUGAGUAUGAGUAUGAGGAGGAUGGGGCUUGAAACGAACGCAGGGAUGCUCUUCAGGUUAAGCGCUGCAGGGGCUCGGUUGAUGUAACGGCCCUCAGAAUGGAGCACGAAGGCAUGAACCUCGUGCUGAGAGGGGUACUCG